AGGAGUGGUUUGACUGUGUUCUUUGUACAAUCAAAGAGAAUGGUAUCCUUCAGGAGGAUAUCUAUAACUUUGAUGAGACAGGCUUUGCAAUGGGCCUCACAGCAACUGCUAAGGUUAUUACUUGAUCUGAAUACUAUGGUCGGCGCUCACUUUUACAACCUGGAAAUCGCGAGUGGGUUACAGCCAUUGAAACAAUUAAUGCCUCUGGGUGGGUGCUUCCACCAGUGAUUAUCUUCAAGGGCAAGGUCCUUAUUAAAGGCUGGUUCGAUGAUCUCCCAUAUGACUGGCGCUUUGAAACAAGUCCAAAUGGAUGGACUACUGAUGAAAUUGGACUUCGAUGGCUUCAAAAACACUUCAUUCCAGC